UAAAAUAAUAAAAGCUAGGCUUUAAAUGUUUGUAAUGUGCUGCCUGAUAUACUUUAUAUAACUAUUUUAUUUUAACUUUUGAACAGACAUUUCAAAUGAGGUGUCUGUCCAACCAGAUGCAAAGACAAAAUGAGCUCAAGUUACUUCAAAGCUCGAAAGGUUCAUGACCCUAGUUUAUAUGUGCAUGAUGGAGAAUAUCAGAAUAGAUACGGAUCGUCUUUGGCAGCAUUAAAUGAUGCUUGGUCUUCAGUUACAGCUGCAAAGAAAGAGCUCACAAAGGUCCAUACAAGAAUUCGCCAGUCUGUAGAAAGUCCUAUCUACGAUCCAAAGAAUGUUCAAUUUACUGAUUUUCCUCCUCCUCCAGCUAGAAAAAGCAAAGACAAUCCUCACAUUGAAAGAAGAUUGGUUUAUGAAAAUCCUCAAGAGGUACGAUAUCGCAAAGAAAAUAUACCUCCAUUGAGUUAUCCAGAGCCAAGUUUUAAAGCUACAGAGUAUUUGCAAAAACAAAAAGAUCUACAGAUCAAUACACUUAACAAGUUUAUCCCAACACGUAAAGAACUGUACGAUGUAAGGAAGCCAGAUGCCAAUUUCAAUGCUCCUGAUUUUAAUUAUAACCUUGAUCAAUUUCAACCAAGAGACAAAAGUCACAUUAAUUCCUCACUCCUUGGAAGGUCACUGCUGUCAAAUCAACAAAAGAGUCAUGCUUUGGUAAAACUAAAGGAAAAAAUAAAUCAACAAAAGUUAAACUCAAGUGUUUCUUCAAACGAUUCUAUAUUUCCUGAAAAGAAAAAUCAUACAGAAAGUGAUCCUGUUCAAAGAACAGAUAAUGCAGUUAAUACACAAGGACAUAUGCAUAGAAAAAUUACUACUGCUCCAUCUGCUCCAACUUACAAAGGAUUUAAUGAACCAGAUGCCACCAUCACUAAGGCAAAAACUACCCACUUAGUAAGAAAACAAAGACAGAUUGAUGCUGAAGGGAAAGGUACAAAACAGAAAAUUCAAAAACGAAAUGACACAAAAGUUAAAAAACAUACAAAAGAAAAGCAGUCAAAAACUAAAAGUAAGACAAAGAGAAUCACUGCUUCAAGUAAAACAGCAUCAUCAACAAAUCCUAUUUCUACUUCCUCAUGGAGAGUUGGGCAAGAGAUACGAAAAAAGGUUUUGGAAGACAUGAAAAAAUCUAGCAAAAAAAUUGAGUCUGAAAUUGAAUGCUCCCCUGAAGCCAGUGAUCAGCCUGUCCAAAAUGAAGCGAUGUCAGGUGGUGAUAAUCAUGACAGUGUGAGAGUUGUGAGCGGCACAGAUAAAAAAGAAAACUCCAAACUUAAUAAUGACAAUACGGUGGAAGAAGAUACAGACAAUGAACUAGAGGAACAAUUCCUUGAUGAUCCCCUAGUUAGUGAUGAUGUGGAACAAAAAAAUGAAGAAAAAUUCAAAGAGAGCAAGGAUGACGAUUUUGCUAAACUUACAAAGAAUAAAAUAUUACCUAAAAGUGCAAAAGAGGUACUACAGGAAAUGGAUAUGUCAAGUAAAGAGUCGACCCACAGUCCUUACAGCAAAAAGGUUGUCACAGCUGUUAUUGACACUGGUUUGAAAAAGUCUCAAAAGAUAAAGCUUUGCAAGACUUCACCACCAGUUAAAAGGAAACUGGAAGAAGAUAUGUAUCCAAAGCGAAAAAUUCGGCACUAUAACCAAGAUGAAGUCAAGAAAUACAUGGCUAAACAACAAAAAGAACGAAAACGUAAGCAACUUGAUGAAAAAUAUAAACAGCAAAUUUUAAAAGACGCACAACAAAAAAAGCUACAGGAGUUAUAUGAUAAACAAAAGCAAUCUGUCAAAGAAAGUCUUGAUGCCAGAAAACGUCAUAUGUAUGGUGACACUUUCAUUAAACAUAGACCUACUAAGAAAGCAGUGGAUGCAAGGGAGAUGACAAAGAGACCAGGUGUCAGUAAAUUACAAGGCAACAAGUUCCAUGAAAAAGAAUUGACACCAAAUGAAUUUUUUAAUGAUUCGCUAGAUGAGCAAAAGUUUGCUGGUCUUACUGAAGUUGUGAUUACAGGAAAAAAUGGAUUACUAUCUGAAGAUCAAGUACUGGAUUCUGAAUCGUCUGGUUCUGCACUAACAACAAGACGUCACCCAGCUUCUAUGAGUGGGAGGUCUAGUAGUUCUUAUUAUGAAUUACCACAUGAGCUUUCAAGUGGGAAAUUUGACAGUGAAUAUAUCCAACCACCUGUCGGAGUAAACAAAAGCAAAGCAGAUCGUGUUGCUGCCAUUCGAGCAACUGCAGCUGCACUUAAACAACGUCUAGAUAUGGAAGCUAAAAGACUAAGCAAUUUGGUGCAUAAUAAACAAGAAGAAACCAGAUGGGCACAUCCUAUAAUUUUUGAUGAAGAGAAUACAAAUGCUGAUACGCUUGGUGAGAUUCCAGGUAUAAGAAACAUUGACGAACAAGCCUCAUUAAAUGAUAAAUUGAAAAAAAUGGAUGAAGCUGCAAAGAAAAUUCAAGCCCUGUACAGGGGUCACACAGUCAGGGCAAGUAAAAAUUGGCCACUGUCUUCAGGAAAGUCGUUGUACCAAACUUUAGAGGAAGGGCGUAGGAGAGCAUUUUUGGCUGAUAUGAAGUCUGAAUUACCUGUACAACUUGCAAGUCAAAAUUAUCCAUCAAUCGCGAUUGGUGAAAAGGCAGUUGAUUAUAGCUCCGAUAGUGUUUCAUUCUCUUUGGAACAUUCAUCAAAGAAGAUAGCAUCUACCGCUUCUCUGAUAGAUAGCGCAUUGCAUAAUUCAAACGUCUUGUUAUCUGAUGCAGAAAAAUCAGUAUCAAAUAUAAGAAGUAAAAGUUCUAAACGUUCAUCAACUUUCGAGGAUACAAGUAAAGAUUCAUUUCCAACUUAUGGCAUGGAGGAAAUAAAAUCACCACAGACCAAGAAAUACGACGGUGAAAAAUUGAGAAAUAUACUUGAGAAACAUAAAAAUACUGCUGCAGACAGGUACUCAGUGAUCAAUAUAUUUGCAAGAAACUAUCCUAAUUUACAUCGACAACAACAUCACAAAAAUGUGCUCAACUCAACUGGAACUGAAACUGAAAAAAUAUUAGCAGAUGCGUAUGAACAUGAAGUUAGAACAAGUGCUGAACCUUCAUCUCUAGAAGAAUCUUUAAGUGAACCAAGCUAUAAAGACAUUUUUGACUCCUCUAAGGCAGCACAGCCUGUCCCAACAGUAACUACCACAACUGUUGCUGAAUUGCCAAUUGUGGAUAAAACGCCAGCACAGCGCAUGUUGAUGUCACCUAACUUUACUCGUUCAGGCUCCGACGCAUCUGAGAAGCUUUUUUCACCGUGUUCUCCGAGACAGGCAACUUUGACUCCAGAAAAGGAACCUCAAGCCACUAAAGAGUCUUUAAAGACUCCAGCUUCUGUGGUGUAUUCUUUUACUGAGUCUGAAAGCUCAGAAAAUUCUACUCUUGUAUCUUCUGCGAAACACACACCUGUGUCAUUCAGCGAUAUAGACCACCAUGCGUUGAAUCCUGUGUUGACAUCAACAAAACGUUCGCCAACGUCUCACGAAAAAGAAAACCAAUCAGAAACUCCUUUGUCUCAUAUUGAAAAGACAUCAGCGACUGAUAAAAGUAAUCGAAUGUCUCCCAACACGUUGGAACGACGGUUGCGCGCAGAAAUAAAUAUGUUUGAUGCAGUUGGUGACUCUUUGCAACAAUUGAAUGAAAUGGAACGUGUUAGAAAUAUCGUACAAGCUCAGCAGGAGACAGUCUCUCUUGCUCAAGUUCUCAAAUCUCGUCACUUAGCUCAUCAACAGGACUUAGAAAAAUUAUCACUUGAUGCUAAAGAAAAAGCUAGGACAUCAGCCAAGGAGGUUGAAACUGCGAGACUUGCCACUGCAGAAGCAUCAGCUAAUGCAAUGAAGGCCAUUGCUGAAAUAAAAUCAAAAGCGUCAGAAGAUGUUACAACCUUUGCUAAACAGUUAACCGAUACUCAACAGCAAGCAACUGCGACCACUUUAGAAGCUGUAAACCGGAUUGAGAAUGCUAGGCAAGCUGCUGCAGACGCUUACAAAUUAGCGGUUGAUCGGCAAAUAACUGAUGUGGAGAAGGUUGCAACAGCAGCUGCUACGGCUGCAUCUUCAACAGCUGUUGAAGUUGCAUUGCAGCAUCACAAACUUCAACUUGAAAAACUUCGCAAAAGUGCAUUCCAGAAAAUAUCACGCACUUAUUCGUCUGACUUUUCAAGAUCAAAAAAUACCUCAAAUACUCUAACCUCAGAGGUAACCAAAUCUAGUUACUCUGAUGACUUUGAAAAGGAUCCUGGAACAUCUGUAAAAUCCUCAACAGAAACCAUACCUGACGAAGCCCCGUCGAGCAGUGGUGAUAGUACAACACCAAGAGUUGCUUCACAAAAGGAUUCGUUAAACUCGCCUGAAACAUAUACCGAAACUCCAAAAAGCUCUACCCCGAAAAACACUGAGAACAUUAGCAUCUCUGAAGCCAGUUCGUCAGUUAAAAAGAAGACCGCCACAACUGAAAAAAUUUCAGAAGAUUUGUCGAGUGAAGACAAAGAAUUGUCUGAGGCGUUGUUUAAUGUUGAAAAGAAAGGGUCGUCAGUAAUUGUACCUGAGGAGGAGAGCAUACACAGCAUACCUGAGGAGGAGAAAUUCCAUUCGUCGUUCGCCGAGGAAGAGUUAAAACAUGAUUUCCGCAUGGUGUUACCAUCAGAGAAUCACCGUCGAAAAAGUUUCGGCCAAAAAGAGUAUAUAAUUUCUGGUUGUGAGUCGUCAUCAGAUGAAUUGUUGACACCAAGAACUGUUUCAAAGUGGACAAAGAAACGUUCGUCAAAUUCACCAUUCGUCGACGAGAAUACGUUUGCAAACUUCACUGUAGACAUGGUGCGACAAUACGUUCAAGAACAAGAAGUACGAGCGAAACAUCAAGCAGCAUUGUUGGAACUUCGUGAGAAAGCCAUUAUUGAGAAGACAAAGGCCGAAAUGACGUUUUUGGAAAUGCAGAAGAAAAGUUUGAAGAACAAAGGUAGCGACGAAAAAAUGCCGCCUAUUACGAAGAAACAGCGUGCAUUAUUGAUGAAGCUACAAGCUGAACAGAACGAGAUACGAAGGUUAAAAGACGCACACAAGAAGGCCAGUUAUGAAAGAAAAGCACUUCUGCAUCAGGAAAAGGAAAUUCAAAGAAUAAGAGAGUCUACACAAAAGAUUUGGAAUAAAAUGGAUAAUCUUGAUUCAUCACAACAAGGAACCAAGCUCAGUGUAAGUGGUUCUGUCAUAUCUGUUGGUACGCCACGUCCCGACUUUAAGGGAGAAACUGAUGACUCGAUUUCUGAAAAUUUCGAAGCUGUUGUGUCAGAUGAAAUAUCUGAAGAAGUUCCCGUAGCUACUGAAAGCAUAUCAGAAGCUGUGUCGAAGCACUCUUCCACCAAAUCCAAGUCUUCAACCACACAAAGCAAAAAAAAUGAUACAAGCGCUGUAUCACCUGAAGAUAUACCCACAGAACACACAUCUUCGAUGUACCCAACACGUGGUAUUACCUCUGAUGCAUCCAGCGUGACACAAGAUCUAAAAAAGUUGAAGUAUAUGGCUAGCAAAAGAUAUUUGACAGAACGCGAGAAGAAAGUGCAAAUGAGAAAACAACAAUUCCAUGAAAUUAUUGAACGAAGGAGCAAGCUAAAAAGUUGGAAACAGCAAAUUAUCGACGAGGAACAAAAACUAAAAGCUCAAAUUAAAAGAGUAUUAAAGAAGGGAGACGAUAAACUCGAAUCUUCGAACCAAGAAUCAGAAGGAGAUAGAACAUUAACAGAACGUUCUGUGUUACCCAAACCGUCACAAAAACAAGGAAAAAAGGUGUCACCUCGUGAAAAAAAUUCCGAAACAGACACUUCAGUUGGUGAAUAUGCUUCAUCUAUUGCUGAAGAUUAUUCAUCUGGAAAAGAUUCGAGAGAUACCAGUGUGGUUGAAUUAAUUAGUAAACCAGACUCCAAAUCAUCAAGCUCGCAUACGAAAUCUGCAUCGGACGCGUCGAGAGGGACCUCUAAGAUAGUGAAAUCAUCUAAGGUGGAGAGUGGCAGUAAAUUACCUGCGUCUUCUAAAGUAUCUCCUCUGUCGUACGAAUAUUCAAAUGAUACGUUUGAAGAGACUAGUAAAACACCAAGCAAGAAGAAGAGUUCGAGUACAAGCAGGAAAGAAAGACGGAGGAGUGACGAAGAUUCAUUUACAGAGGGUACUUCCGAUGCAAGCGAUAUCGAGCAGCGUUUAAAAGGCUUGGAAAGUGAAUUGCAUAAAAGGAAAAAUGAAUUGGAGCAUUUACGAAGGAAAAAAGAAAAGGAGAAUUUGCGACGCAAGGAGCAAGAGCUUCGUAGAGAGCUUAUGGCUGUCGAGCAGCAAAUCAAUCGUGAAAACAAAGAAAACGUCCCAGAAAACGGUGCGAGAGUACAACAACCACGAGUACUCUCACCUCGAAAUAGCCUCGAUUCCAUAAUACUACCUGAAAAGAUUAAAUUUCCAAGUGAGAAGGAAUCUCGGCGAAGUUUAGACUUCUCUGAUAGAGAAUCUGAUAACGACAGAACGUUAACCGACCAAACAAACGUCGACGUUAAAUUAAAUCGACAUAUUACGUCGAAGUCGGACGCCAGUGGUGCUCUUUUAACUAAAAAAGAUGCGUCCGAAAAAGCUAAAGAUACGUCAAAGUUUGUUUCUACUACGCCAGAACCCGUUGAAGAGGCGUCUUUAAUAAUACCUCCGCCUAAACAAAUUGCGGAUGAAGAAGGGCCUAGCACAGCUAGUGAAAAAUCAACACCAAUUUCCUCUAUUUCAGAAAAUGCACCUACUGAAAAAGAAGAGACUUCAAAAAUUUCGAUCGCUGAAGAACUAUCUGUGAAAGAAACAGUAAACAAAAUAGUUGAAGAUAUAUACGACGACGACUUUUUCGACAGUAAUUUAUCUUCUAAACCAAAGGUUAGAUCGACAUGUUUAUGCGACGCCGACGACGACGGCGGUGUUUACGAGGAUGACUUUGAAGAGACGGAUGCUCUUUCCGUUAAAUAUUCAAGUCCUGAAAGUUUGUCGGAAAGUCGAAAAUUGGGAGAAUACAAACGAACUGAAAAUGACCAAAAUGACAUUCUAAAUGAAGUUGUAUCCAGCCGUAGUAUCGUUGAGCAAAUAUCAGAAGUGUUGGAUAACCUGUCUGAGAAAUCCGACAGUAGCCUCGCUUCAAAGUCCUCAGGUGGUCGCUCUUCGUUUAGUAAACACUCGAGUAAAAUUAACGGCGUUCUUAAAACCGAAACAAAACAAGUCUUACCGACAGAGGACGAAUCUAGUAUUCAAACAUCCUUGUCGACCAGUAAGUCCAGCAGACGUCCGACAUCAAAUGCAAGUGAUGUUCCCUCUCAACGUGAGAUCAAAACAACAGUUAAACCCGAUAAGGAUCAGGCGUCUUCACAUUCAAAAAGUAGUUCCACAUCAAAGGCCACAUCGACUAGCAGUUCUGCUGUAAUCCAACCUGAUGCAUUCUCUAAAUCGAACGCCAGCUCAGCAUUUGGUUUCCACGUAAACGAUCGUGUGUUAGUUGAGAAAACUAUGCCAGGAACCAUAAGGUAUCUCGGUAAAACUUCAUUUUCACCUGUUCUUGUGGCAGGAAUUGAAUUAGAUAAGGCUAUGGGAACGAAUAAUGGAACCUUCCAAGGUAAAAAAUAUUUCGAGUGUCCGGAAGAUUUUGGAUUAUUUACGACAAUUGAACGGAUUGAAUUAGAAAUUGGUGAAGAGAAAGCAACUAACAAAGACGACUCCACGUUAAGUGAAACCUCCACGGUUGAAGAUAUUGAGGAAUCGCUAAAUCAUCGCACUCUUACACCAGAAGUUGAUUACGAUGACGAUUUUGAAAAGUCAAGUAGGUCUGCGUCAAAUAAAAACGAAAUUAAGGAUGAAGAAUCUUUCUCUAAAUCUAGUACAUCUGUUAAAUCCAGUGAGAAAUCGUCUCUCAAAUCAUCUCAAUCAUCGUCUUCCGUAAAGUUAGGAGUGACGGAUGCGACUUCCGUAAAGUCAGAAGAUGUGCGCGAAGCUGUUCAAUCUGCAUCAGAAUCGAUCGAAUCCUUUUUCAGGGAUAAAAAUCUUGACAUCAAUGGACAUAAGUUAGGUUUGUUAGAUUUAGAACUAAAAUCGCGAUCGUCAUCAGAUGUUGAAUCACUCGAUGGUGAAAUACCUUCACCGGAAAAACUCGAUUUAACCCCUCUUGCAGACAGUAUAACUGACAGUAUAAUGAAGUCUCUACUGGUUGAAUCAAUGAAAGCAACGGUGCAAACUUACUCCGCUCAAGCAGACACUGCUAAAAAACAAGAUAUUUUGGGAAUGCCUGAAAAAAUGUUAGAAACAUCAGAAGCGUAUGUUACACCGAAAGCAACAGAAGAAUUAAAUGACGUAAAAACGAUAGAGGAUGAAGUUCAAGUACAACCGACGAGAGUUAAAGACGUUGUCCCGACCGAUGAACUUUUGAAAGAUGCCAUAUCAGUCAUGCUGCGUGUUAAAAACGAGAAGCAAGAAAAACUGAACCAACAAGAAAAUUCAGAGAGCGAAACAACUGCUAACGAAAUUGCUCGUCCACGAGAACAGAACUUUUUGUCUUUGAUCACUGAUAAGGAUGAUGUGGCACAAAGUCCUCCAGAGUUGAGCCAUGCUAAGAAGAAAGAAGACGUCGAUUCGAAAUUACUUGCAGAAAAAUUAAACCAAUUAAAAAAUGUGCAUGACCAAUUAGGAGCUUUAAUAGGCGAUGACGAAGACGAUAUGGAUGAUGAUGAAGAUGAUAUAGAUGAUGAAUUGAAAUUUUCCCCGGAUGAGGACUUUCUUCUCCCUCCGAGAGGUUUUGAAACAGACAUACCUGCGUUACAGAUACCAUUUACUGAAGAGACCACACGCCAACUGACAUAUAAUGCGUUAGAUAAACUACUAAAACGAGAAUCUACAUUUGAAGCCACGAAUGAUGUAGUAGAUUUCGGUGAUAAUGAAAAUUUAGACGAAGCUAGUACUCAAUUAUAUCAAGAACUAAUAUUCGAUGUUACGAAAUCACUUCUGUAUGAUAUAAAAGACUUUAGAGACUUACAGCUAAAACGACGACCUAAGUGGAUGAAAAUACCACGAAAAACUUUUUCAAAAUUUACUCGAAGAACUCAUGCACUUAGUGAAGAAGACUUACGUGAAGUGUUAGCCAACCAUGUUUGUUCUUCCUUAGACUUAACUUCAGGUCGACCUUCUCUUGAACAAUUAAAACGAAGAUUACCGUUGAAUCUGUCAAAGAAAGAUUACGUUGACGCUGUGUUAGUGGAUGAGUUGCGCGAAGAAGAAGCACAAUGGGUUAAUUACGAUGAGGACGAAUUAAGAGUGAAAUACCAACUCGCUGACUCGAUUUUAGACAGUCUAAUUAAUGAAACUGUUCAAAUUUUGUCAGCCAUACUACUUUAAAUUAUUUUCUUUUUCCUUUCUUUUAAAUGUUUAGACUCACUUCGCUUUGUUAAACUUGCACCGCAAAAUUUUUACUCUUUAAUUUUUUCUCCUGUUGAUUAUCAAAAAGCUCCUUAAAACCUAGUGUACUUGAUGUCCGUCUUAUCAAAUAAAGGUUAGAACAAGCAAUUCUAAUGUCCUAAUUUUUUUCUUGAUCGAGACACUGGACAAAAAAGAUUUUUUACCUUCUCCUAGCCUCUUGUAACAGAUGUUAACCAUAUUUCUGUGCGAAACAUUGAUACUACCAAGUUUUUCUUUAAACACAUGUACAGUAUCACCAGGUACAAUACAAGUAGUUCAUUUAUUCAUAGAUUUUGUAUAUAAAAUAGGUGGAUAGUUUUAUUAUUAAAUUAUUUCUUAAAAUACACCAAAUUAAUCUUUA